CUGUUCGUAGGCGCCGAAGAACAGCCGAAAUUUGUGGUCAAUCUUGAUACCCUUGCCGAUGUCCCCGCUACUCAACCACCUGGAGAUCAGAAUGCUGGGUCGCCCAAAACCCCCUCCUCGUCUUCGGCGCCCAUUGCGCCACAAUACACGCCUUUCAUGCAAAUAGGAAAGCCAAAAGUUCGACCUCGUGGAUCCUACAAACCGCUGAACGAGAUAGUUGAAACAAGAAUUCGGACAUAUGAGGGAUCUGAUUCUCACACAAAAAUUUCCACACUUCAGGCUCACUUCCCCCAAUUUAAGCGAUGUCACAUUGACCGAUGUUUCACAAAAAACCUUCUGGAUUUCAACAAGACCUAUGCCGAGCUUUUGGAAUUGCAUAAUAAACAACAGGAGGAACGUGCUAAAUUUAAACUCAUUCUAACUCCCAAAUCUGAAAAGCCGAAACCCUCUCGCAUAAUCCCAAACAUUAAGUCUCCUGAGUUAAUUAACAUGCCUUCAUUCCGCGGUCGACCCGCUCGAAAGUUGGAGAAUAAGUACUACCGUCGCGUUAUCGUCGGAAAAGAUGGCUCAGUGGAGGCUGCCGAAGUGACUGAGCGUAAUUUUGUACGGCAGGUAGACCCACAUAACCUGUUGGUAGCGCGACAGAAGCUUGCUACACCAAAGAGCAUAUCCUACCCCGGUAUGCCUGGUGGUGAAUUCAAUUUGAAUGAAUCUGCCGAAGAGGCCUCCAAACCAACGGUCGGCUCUAUCCAUGUGGCGGCAGCAACAUCGAAUAUGAAUAAAGCAGUGGAAGAGGACGCAUCAGCUACUAAAACCGGGGAGCCUGAUAAGUCAACUUCUCCAGCAUCAGGAAAGGAGACAGCAAAGGACAAGGAGACACAGGAGAAGAUAGGCAAAAGUCAAUCGGGCAAUAAGUUUUUCCGCAGUAAUCGGCUCUCUGAUGCUGAGCUCAAAAAACGUGACUAUGUUGCUAAGGAGCUGCAAGCGGCUGGGCGAGUUACUCGUUCGUCUGUGGUUAAAGUAGAACCAUCUGGUGGUAGUGGUGAGGCUCCUGAGGAUGAGGCUAAUUUCAUGGCUGGUAUUGGCGUCAUCAGCACUCCUGCACUAAAGCGACAAUGUGGACGCAGAAGUGGGCGUGGGAAGUCAUCAUCCCGUCCUCAAGAAGACGUUUCCGAGGAACCCGAUGCUCCUCAAGAGGAACCAGACGAAGUGGAUGAUUUUGGAUUAAGGAGAGAAGAACGGAAGGCUCUCCUUACAUUUUUCAAUGAAGCUCCAUUAGAGGAGCUAAAUCUCAUGAACGGAUGCUCACAGAAGACCGCGGAGGUGAUAAUCAAUUUGCGGCCCUUUAAUACUGUUGUGGACCUCAAACUACGUCUCGAUGCCACACGCUACCUCUCCACUUCUCUCAUAGAUGCUUGCAAGGAGCUUAUGCAAGCUCGUUCUAUGUUUACCUCAGUACUGAAGAGCUGUGAGGCCAUCAGUCAACGGGUGGAAUCGAGAAUUGCAAGCCUCCUUGCUGACGACUCAGUUGAUUUGCCAAAAGAAGGCGGUGAUCUGUCACGAAACAAGAAAACAGGGUUUCUUCGUGAACAACCUGUCAUUCUACAUCCUCUACGCCAGUUGAAACCUUACCAGCUGGUCGGUUUGAACUGGUUGCGCAUCCUCCACGACGAAGGUGUCAAUGGUAUUCUGGCUGACGAAAUGGGAUUGGGUAAGACGGUUCAAGCGAUCGCACUGCUGGCCUACCUAUACGAGCAGGGUGAACGCGGUCCCCAUCUCAUCAUGUGCCCUAGCUCGACUGUUGAUAACUGGCAGCGUGAGCUAAGGAACUGGUGCUCCCAGCUUAAAGUCCUUGUCUACCAGGGCACUGCUGACGUACGUAAAGCGAUGCGGUUAAAGAUCUAUGAGGGUCAGCAAAAUGAUUCGCGCCCAGAUUUCAACGUACUCCUCACCAGCUAUUCGACAGCUACAAGCACUCUGGAGGAUCGUGCGCUGAUGAAGCGUGUGGACUUCAAGUAUGGAAUCUUUGAUGAGGCACAUAUGCUGAAGAACAUGACCACGCAGCGCUACAAGACCCUUUCCAGCUUCCAAAUUCAGCGGCGUGUACUUCUUACUGGCACACCACUGCAAAACAACUUGAUUGAGCUAAUUUCCCUCCUCGCCUUUGUCAUGCCUGACCUCUUUGCUGGUGGCAAUGCUGAUCACUUGAAGCGUAUGUUUCAGUUGAUGAGCAAGUCGACCACGAACCCCGGCGCCUCCAACACCGGCGGCGGUAGCGAUCAGGUGGGCGAGCGGAGGAUCGCCGAUGGACGAGAGAGUAUUGGAGCAGAAGGCGGCAAAGGCACCUCCACUUCAAUCCUUCUUGGGAAUCGUAGUCAAUUUGAACGGGAGAGGGUGGAACAGGCGAAACAACUGCUCAAACCGUUUUGCCUGCGUCGACUGAAAUCUCAGGUACUACAACAACUCCCACCUAAGACAGAGGAGACAGUACGCGUUGCGUUCACAGAAAGUCAAAGGAUUGCGUAUACCAAUUUGAUAAACAAGUUUAGGAAUGCACAAGGUGCUAGUGCAGCAGACAUGGCUUCCGAUGUGGGGGAGGAUGAGGACAUGUCUACAGUGAAGCAACAGAGCAGUUUUCUUCUUUCUAAAGUUGGCGUAACGAAUGGGGCGGCGAAACGGGCAAAAAUCUCCCUUCUGGAUACCGCAACUGGAGGUUUGGAGCGUUUCAGUGGGGUUGAGCGUCUAUCACCCUUCAAUAUGCUGAUGCAGUUAAGAAAGGCGGCCAACCAUGAACUUUUGUUGCCGGGCAUCGCCUACUCGGACGACACGCUGAAGGAGAUCUCAGUGAUCCUGCACAACGAUCCCAGCCAUUCGGAUGCGGACCCGACGUUAGUGUUGGAGGACCUGUGCAACCUGUCCGAUCAUCAGAUUCACAAAGUCUGUCGUCUUUAUGAUGUGCUGAAUCCAUUCGCCCUUCCACCGGAGACCCUGGUGAAUGGCUCAGGCAAGGUUAAGUGGUUAGACGAUAACCUGACGGAGAUGCUGAAGGAGGGUCAUCGAAUCCUCAUAUUCAGCCAGUUCGUGCUGGUUCUUGAUAUUCUCGGCGAAUACCUUGUGAAUAAGGGCCACAAAUUCCUCAGGAUGGACGGUUCAACGGCUGUUAACGAUCGCCAGACUCUCAUAGAUACUUUCAACAACGACGAAACCUACGACAUAUUCCUACUCUCCACAAAGGCCGGUGGUCUGGGUAUUAGCCUAACAGGUGCAGACGUGGUUAUCAUCCAUGACGUCGACUUUAAUCCCUACAACGAUCGCCAAGCCGCUGACAGGUGCCAUCGUGUGGGUCAAAUGAAGCCUGUACGUGUGAUUCGCCUAAUUGCGGAGGGUAGCGUGGAGGAGAGCAUUUGGCAAAACGCAGAGGAGAAACUGCGAUUAGAAGAGGAUGUGACAGGGUUUGACAAGAGUGUUGCUGACGAAUCCAUUGUGAUAAUUGGCAAUGGCGACAAGAGCAACGGGAAAGGCGAUGGAAACGAUAUCAAUGAAGGCGCUGCGGACACUGACAAUGAUGAGGGGGUGAGCGGGACGAAUGGUGAUGCAGAAAUGGAGCAGCAUCAUCAUCACCAGGAACAGCAGCAGCUACUUCAACGUCAACAAGGUGGUGGAAGACGCCUAUUGCUACAAGGCGAGAUCUUCAAGUUCCUAUCUGAUGCUUUGAGUUAUGGCAGCAGUGGUGGCAGUAGUAGCGGUGCCAGCAACGUCAAAUCUCCCCGACUUAAUCCCUAG